AUGCCAUUAGCAAGUGAGCCAUGGGAAGGAUGGACGGCUUUGGAUACGAUUUUUAACAUCUCGGCUGAUCUGCAGCAUCCUGUCAGUAUCACAGGGCCAAAGUUUGUGGGCAUAACUCUAGAUCUCAGUUUCAUGCGCAGAGAAUGGAAGCAGUUUGAUAUUACGUAUAUCAAAGUCUCUGCACUCCCUGGCUACAGCACUAGCACCAGUAUUUUCCGUGUUGGUGGUACAGCUGCAGAUUUUCUUAUCUUCAAUUCAACAGCAACCGAUUCAGAUGCUGAUGCUGGUGGUAAUACAAACAGAAGUGAUGAUGAAGUCCUGGAUUAUUCUGUUAAAGUCAAGAACUUUACAAUCAAUGGCACUGAUUGGACACGACUUAAUGAGCUAGUAAACCUUGCCAAAUGGGAUCUCAUUUUUGACUUCAAUGAAUUUUUGAGACAAGGUGAUUCUUGGUAUCCAGACAAUGCUCGUGAACUUCUGAAGUUUUCACAAGAACAGGGCUACAGAAUCCCAUGCUUCCAGCUUGGAAAUGAGCCAAAUGCCUACUAUUUAGUUGCUCAUCGCAACAUAAGUGCAGCUCAGUUGGUAAAGGAUAUGCAAACAUUGAAGUCAUUGCUGUCAGAGUUUCCACUCUAUCAAACUCCUGCAUUGUUGGUCCUGAUGUCACUAAAGUAA